UCGCACUCGGGAGAGGAGGGGGAGAAGAGCGAGAGCUCCGAGCUUUUCCGCGAAAGAAGACCGAAAAAGGAGCAGAGGGACCACCUACCUAGACGGCCCUAGUGAGGUACCGCUCAGCAGUCCACCCGGUUCCCCCGUCGAGUCCACAAACUUGCCGGAAAGCCCGACGUUUCUUGAAAACAGAAGGUGGCAAACAUCGCUAUGGCCCAGGAGACCAAUCAGAGCCCAGUUCCAAUGCUCUGUGCCACCGGCUGUGGUUUCUAUGGCAACCCCAGGACUAAUGGCAUGUGCUCCGUAUGCCACAAGGAGCACCUGUCAAGACAAAACAAUGGCGGAGUGGGCUCUUUGAGCUCCGUGGGCGGCGGCAGCAGCCCCACCGCCGAGGCUUCAGCCAUCCAGAGGUUAGAGGCCACGCUGAACAACGCGGCCGCCGCCGCUGUGGCUGCCGCCGAGGUGGCGGCCGAGGCCGCCGCUUCUGCCGACGCCGCUACUGAAGCUCUCAGCGGCAUCUCCACGGCCAUGUCUGUGACCCAGCAGAUGACCGAGAUGAGUCUGUCCUCGGAGGAGAAAGGAGCGUCUGUGAGCCAUGGCGAGCUCUCAGAACCAGUGGUGACUCAGCCCACUGUCUCAGCCUCACACCCUUUAACUGCUGGCAGUGAAGAGUCCCCGGCCCCCGAGCCCCCCAAGCCCAAGAAGAACCGCUGCUUCAUGUGCCGCAAGAAGGUCGGCCUCACAGGCUUCGACUGCCGCUGCGGGAACCUCUUCUGCGGUCUGCACCGCUACUCCGACAAGCACAACUGCCCGUACGACUACAAAGCCGAGGCCGCCGCCAAGAUCCGCAAGGAGAACCCGGUGGUGGUGGCGGAUAAGAUCCAGAGAAUAUGAAGCUAAAGAGAACAGACUCCGGCCCGACCUUCGACCUUUAAGGACCUGUGGCUUUUUUCUUCUUUUUUUGUUUCAGGACUGUUUUUUUUUUUCUUCUUCUUCUUCCUCCCGGUGCAUGAACUUUGCUGUUUUCAGCUUUUGGUUUAGUUUGUGUUGGAGAGGGAGACGGUUCCCCUCCUGGAGGACAUGCUGGGCCUGUGUGGACUCUGCUGACGGCGCCCUCUGCAGGCGCGCUUGCUCUCUGCUGGCUUGAGUAGCAAAAAAAAAUGGAUAUCGUGCUUUUUUUUUUUUUUUUUUCCUUCCCCCCCAUGCCCUCUCCCAGCGUCGAUUCCUCUUUAAAUGCCGUUUUGAUCGAUCUGCAAAGAACUCGGACGGAGCGAGAACGAGAAAGAGACUCCAGCGUCCGGACUCCGGGCUGGUCACGUGACCUCUGAGCCCGCCUAGUUUGAUUUCCAUUUUGAACCUUGGUCCACUGAUGAUCCACGGAGACGCGUCACGGAACUGCUAGCUGGAUCGCCUGUAUGCUGUGUUGUUUAGGGUUUAGCUCCACUAAUGUUUUCAUGGUUUACUUCACUAUUUCUUCCACUUUUAAUGUGAGUUUGACAGCGUCUGUGUAGUUACUGAUCAGAAGCCGGGGAGUGACUGAGCGAGACCCGUGGUCCUAGUUUGUCAAUCAUUUCCUACCGUUUGUUUGUGUUUCAGAUUGGCUGCUUAAACAGAGUGUUUGGUUUUUACCCCUUUAGUUAUGCAAGUUUGUACAAACCUCUUUUAUUUAUAUACUGCAGUGUGCGUAAUCUUCCAAUAAUACAGAAUAAAUUGUAUGAUGUAAAUAAAUUAUGUUCACAAAUACA